AUGGAUGACAAUCCGCGGCCCUCGAAACGAGCAAGGAAGUCUUGUGAGCGCUGCAGAGCACGUAAGCAGAAAUGCCACGGCUUUCCUGUCUGCGAAAACUGCGCGCAUUCGAAGGAGGAAUGUAUUCAGCCCCCCUCUGCCAUUGAGGAAUACAACAGUGGUCCGAACCAAGCUCUUCUGGAGCGUAUUGCCUGCCUCGAAGCUCAACUGGCAGCAUAUGCAGAGGCGGCUCCGCCUAAAAUCGAUACGCCCCCAUUCAACACCCCGCAGGCAGUGUCACCAACUUCAUCAGAGGAUGAGCGAAGAAAGAACAAUAUUGCCGAUAUCGUGGGGUUUCUGAGUCUCGGGGGCGAUGGAGCAUAUGUUGGAUCUUCGUCUGGAUUCGCACUCGCAACGAAUCUGGGUCAGAUGGUACAAGCAACAGUAUGGAACAAAGCACUUGCAUCUACCGUUAGCCAAAGUCAGCCUAAGGCAAUGACGAUUGCAGAUCUGAAAAGGAACAGCGCUAAACCGCCGAACGAUGAUAUGGGAGAUCGGAUUCUGGAAGCAUAUUUCACUAGGGUCCAUCUGCGAUAUCCCUUUCUGGAUCCGUCAGAUAUUCGGCAACGACAUGCGAAUCGAUUUUCGCAGAGCAACUUGACUCCCCAGGAUCAAUAUGGCACUUUCAAGAUAUAUAUGAUAUAUGCAAUUGGGGCCACGAUGUUGAGAUUGACGGAGCAAUAUGACUAUACGCCUCCAGAGAAUUUCUUCAUGACAGCCCUACAAUACAUAUCAGCUGCAAGAGAAUCUCACUCGGUCCAUAAUAUCGAGGCAAUGACCCUUCUCGUUCUAUAUAACCUACGAUCUCCUUCCAAUUCUGGUAUCUGGUACAUGAUUGGGCUGGCUAUUAGAACGUGCAUUGACUUGGGCCUCCACCGGGAAGCAUAUUACCAUAAUGUUGCACCAUACGAAGGGCAAUUGAGACGAAGGUUGUUCUGGACGGUAUAUUUUCUGGAACGAGUCAUAGCUGUUUCUCUCGGGCGACCUUAUAGCAUAGCAGAUCGAGACAUUGACGCCCAAAUGCCCCUGGAAAUCGACGACAUAGUAAGAGAUGACAGUCUAAUUGCACAAAAGUUAGCUGUACCUGCCUCUCCAACCUUCCAACCAUCUCGCACAUCCUCAAAUAUCACCCUCGGAAUCCAGUGCUUUCGCCUAAAGCGCCUAGAAUCGCACAUUCAAGAAACAAUCUACAGGGUUGACCGACCCAUCGCUAGCCUCGUCUCAGAAAUCAACCCCAUCCUUAAAAUGCUCGAAGACUGGCACAAAGCUCUCCCACCCUCUACCCCCUACGAGCAGGACUAUCUCGGAAUGCACUACCAAAAAGCCGUGCGCCUUCUCCUCCAACCCUUCCUUAGCAUCCUGCCCCCAGCCGACGCCCGCAUAGCCCGCUGCCUCCACGCCUCGGGCCAACUCUGCCAGAUCUUCAAACGCCUGCACCAACGGGACUCCUACGGCCACUCCUUCAUCGGCCUACACUCCGUAUUCAUAGCAGGUGUAACAAUGUGCUACUGCCUGUUCAUUACGCCCUCCCUCUGGACAUUCAGCGUCUCCAACGACCUGCGAGCCUGCUCGUCCGCGCUGUUCGUCAUGGCGGAACGCACGCCGGUCGUGAAGAAAUACCGCGAUGCGCUGGAGAAUGUCAUUGGCGCUACAAUGGAAUUCCUUGCUCAGAUCGCACCCCCGAAUCCGAAUCCGAACCAGGAUCCCACUCCAUCCUCCCCUGCUCAAACACACGGUUCGCUUGCGCGGGAACCGCAGCUAAACAAUAUCAAUGCCUCUUCACCUGCUUUCUCAGGAGCCGCGCAAGAGAGCUAUGUCCGUGCUUCGCCCAAGAUGGGAGAAUACACGGCCUCGUUGAAAGAGAGUGAGGGGCCGGAUUUGGCCUAUAUGCACGAGGCGCAGACGAGUCCUGUUUCGAAUGGGCGAUGGGAGGGACGGCAUGGCGAAUUGGGACAGAUGGAUGCCGAAUGGUUGUUGGGUUUAUGUGAGGGGGAUGGGGAUGGGUUCAAUUUGCAGAUGCUCAAUGAGAUGAUGAGGUUUGAACCGAGUUUGGGGGCUUGA